UUUUGGAAAAAAUAUCGGGCAACUCGCUGUUUCAAGUUGGUCUCGUAAUUCGUGUGUGGUUUUUACGUUUAUUUUUUUAAUUUCUGAGUGAAAUUUUAAAAUGUAUACUGUUUCUAAAGGACCCAGCAAAAUUGUAGCUAAAACACGACGAGGCCUCUCACAGAACUUAGAAAGGUUGGACAGCCGUAAAGAUCAUAAUAGAAAGUCUUCAGAAUCUGACAAUGGGGAAAUUAUCAACAUGCCCAAGCCUAUCUUUCAUUCCAAUGGUAAAAAGACAGUACACCAAAGAAUACAGCACCAUGUGAUCACGCCGCAACAUGAAGAAAUCAUUAGAUAUAUCAGUGAAACUUGGACACAGUCAGCUUAUGGUGAAAGUGAACCCACAACACCUACAAGCAAUAAUGAAUCUGGCAGCUCGUCACCGGCCCCACCGUCUAAUCUAUACUACCAAGACGAUGCCCCCAGCCCAGUGCUGCGCGACUUCAAGCCCUUCGAUCUGGAGACAUGGUGGGGCAAGAGACUGUUCCAGAACAUCACUAACUCCCUCUGAGCUAGCACAACACACACCUAAGAAGCGGGAACACAAAAGUUGGCGGUAGCGUAAGUCACAAUCAUCUGUAGUUUACUAAAUUUUCAUUUAAAAGUGUUUGCCUCUUUACAAAUACAGGAAACGGUUAUGCUCCAGUCAAUUGUUUUAAGUACAAGUUUUGGAAUGCUGACUGGAUGAAUGUAUGCCUAGCCAGUUGUGUCUGGUUGUAACUGAAAGCUUUAAACUAAGAACAAUGCCAUUUGUAUCACAGAGUUUACUUACAACGUAGGUAUGAGUCACCCAUUAAAAGGUAUUAAUCAACUGUAUAGAGACCUACAACUAAUUAAUUAUUAAAUUACUAAAUACAUAUAUUACUAUAUCUGUUGCGUAACAAUGAAUUUAUUAUACACUUAUUAAAUUAUAAUGCCAGCUUAUUUUUAUACAAUAUUUUUAAAAACAUUGUUAACAAUUAAGGAAUUGAAAUAAUUUCUUAAAAAGUUAAGUAAUCUACAGUUGAUUGUGGAUCUCAGUAGUUAUGUCAUAUCGUAAGUGAAAUUUUCCAAAAGCUCAAUUUCUUUGCAUUGUUACUUUGAACCAAUAUUCUUUAAGAUUGUUAUGUUGUGUGAAUGUUUUUGGUUGAUGAAUAUUAAAAUACAAAUGUCUAAAUUCAGAAUAUAUUUAUACCAAAGAAUAUCAUGUUGAAUAUGUGACCGCAUUAAGACAAAUUGUGUAAAAUUUAAAAUGAUUAUUAUACAAGUUAUGCCAAAUUUAUAUUAGCGAAAUUGUUUAUUGAAGUUACAGUUAUUUACUAUGUAGUCUAGCAUUGUUCAAACCAUCGUAAUAACUACAAGUUACCAUCACAAUUUUUCUCGAGAGAUUUGAACAUCGCUGUUUUGCAGCUAUUUUACGUUGUUAUAUUUUUCUUAUACAUGCCUUAUUGCAAUCGCAAUGUUGCAAUCAUACUAUUAAAAGUGCCUAAAUACAGCAAUAGUGUAAACAGUAUUAUAAAUUGUUAUGUAUCGCGAAGUGUUGUUAAAUUGUAAAUAUUUAAAGGCCACCUCUACUUCACUUUCAUUAACUUAAAGUUAGGCCUUUUUGUUACUGUCAGAAUCACUCUUUCUGUUUUGAAGCGAUUAGUACGCCAACCGGUCUCAACCCUAGUUACAUCUGGGUUCCUUUUAUGUAAGUAUUUGUUUUAUAAUUACUUAUGUAUAGACACAUGUUAAUAGCGCAUUGCCCUUUAUAUAUUGUUUCAAUUUUAUUUAAUAUUUUACAUAAGUAUAUUUAUUGUAUGUUUCAUGUAAAUAUCUGAAAUUUUUAAUUAAUAAAUCAUUUCAUCCCAAAGUCUACCAAUGUAGUUGUGAUGUUGGGCAGCUAUAAUUAUGUUAUUGUUACCACAAGACCACUGUUACAGUAGAUCUUGUAUCUCGAUAUAAACUCUAAAUUAAUCUCAUGUUGUAUGUUCAAACUAGUUGUCAUUGGUAAAUUUUAUCGACUCAAGUUUAUGUUUUAGUUAUCCUGUUGCCUUGUGUCGGAUAUAUAAUGAAAGUUAAAUUCUCGCGACUGGCCUCUACUACAAAUGUUACUGUUAUUGUUGUUAGUGUUAAAUCACUUGUUUAAUGUUUAUUUGUGUUAUGCCUAGCUUCUCAUACUCGAGGCUGAACAAUGUCUUCCAGAUCAAUAUACAUCAAUUUAAUCAUGUUAUUUGUCAUGUACAAAUCUUUGGAAUAUUGGUUUUAUUUCCUUUGUACAUAAGAAAAUUUACAAUAAUGUUUAUUUGACAUAGACAUUCAUGAACCAACGAAAAUGAUGCUUUACAAGUUCACUUGUUUUGUAUAUAUUACUGCAGUAAUUGUAAAUUAAUGGUUUUACUACAUUAGUAGAUAUGCAUUGAAUUUGAAUUAAUAUUUUAAUGGAAUUAUUUAUAUUUGCUUUUGUGUAACAUGUAAUAUGUUACUAUUACUGCAAAUGAGCGAGUACAAAACGAGUCAACGCGUAAGGUGAUAUUAAUUUAUGCCAUAAGCAAUAAAUGCACGGAACGUAGUAUAAUUUUUAACCUUUUAGAUGAAAUAUUUGAGUCGUAGUUGUAACGCAGGAGAAUAUUUUUAGACUGAUUUAGUUAUUAAAACGUUAUGCUUUUUGUUGUAGUUGAAUAAACCAUCUGAUAAAUU